GUUUUUAGCCGACGAAAUAAUUGUCUCCGAACCUGAAGAAGGCGCGCUAACUUUUAGUGAUUCACGCGCUCCAUGUGACGUCAGUUAGGGGUUUUAAAGAUUAUAGUUUUUCCUAUGGUUUCUCCAUAGGACUCAAUAAGCUAUGGAGAUUUCGAGGUUCUUGCGGGCCCAGUUGUUCAUAUCAGUGUUAUUAUCAUGUAUGUUUACACUGUCCACUGGCAGUGAAAUGAGUUUUGUUACGUGCGGGUCGGUGGUGAAGUUGCUCAAUGUGAAACACAACGUCAGAUUACACUCUCAUGAUGUCCGCUAUGGAUCUGGUAGUGGGCAGCAGUCAGUGACCGGUGUAACCGCAGUGGAGGACAGUAACAGUUAUUGGAGUGUGCGGGGAACCAGUGACACUGCAUGUCAUCGAGGGAAUCCGGUACAGUGUGGACAGAACAUUCGAUUGACUCAUGUGAACACAGGCCGCAAUCUACACAGCCACUACUUUACUUCCCCGCUGUCUUCAAAUCAGGAGGUCAGUGCCUUUGGCGAGAACGGCGAGGGUGACCAUCUGGACGAGUGGACCGUUCUGUGUGCAGGCUCCGUGUGGAAGCGAGAUGAUUCUGUUCGGUUCCGUCACACGGCCACUGACGCUCUGCUCUCUGUGACGGGCGAGCAGUACGGCAGGCCCAUCCACGGCCAGAGAGAAGUGCACGGCAUGAUGAUCAGCGGCUCACACAGCGACUGGAAAACGAUGGAGGGCAUCUUCAUGAAACCCAGUGAGACUGGAUCCAGAGAUUUCAGCAGUCCAAUACACACUGAGUUUUAGAGAAAUGCUUCAUAAAAGCUGACCUGUAUUAACCAACCGGCCAAGAAGAGGAACAUUGAGCUGUUCUGAAAAACAGUUUGAUAAAUUAAAUUGUGCCUCAUGCUCAUUUUUAACACUUGAAGCAUUUCAUUUUAUGUUGCACUGCGUACACUACUGUUCAAAAGUUUGGAGUCAGUUUUUGUCCUUUAAGAAAUCAAUACUUUUUUUUUAAAGGACACAUUAAAAAUUAAUCAAUCAAAUAAUCCUGAAAAAAAUGUUUCACGGUUGCCAUAAAAAUAUUAAGCAGCAUUAUUUUCAACUGUUUCUUGUGCAUCAAAUCAGCAUAUUAGAAUGGUUUCUGAAAGAUCAUGUGAGUGAAGACUGGAGUAUUGAUGCUGAAAAUGUAGCUUUCCAAAUACAGGAACAAUAUGAUGUUGUUUACCGUAUUUUUUAUGUAUAGCCUUGAAGAGCAUAAGAUAAUUUUUCAAAAACAUAAAUCUAACUGACCCCCUAAAUUUUUGAAAGGUAGUGUAUGAUAACUUUGGAAGGCAGAAAGAAUCCACUUUUAUCCUUUCAAACAAAUGUUAAGAAAUUAAUGCAACAAUUUUACAGAUUUCAUAAUUAUAAGGCAAAUUUUCAUUAAAUGUUUUAAUUUGCGUCAUUAAGGUUUUGUGCUCGCAGAAAAUUUAAUGGCCAUUAAUAUAUAAAAAUCAUGGCCACCUGUUUGCAUCACAAAAUUGGCCCACAACUGUUCUAAAACAACAACAACUACAACUGAUAUAUAUAUACACAUAUCAGAUAUACAACAAAUAUAAAUUAAUUGUACACAGAACAAACUUGAAUUGCUUUCUGCUGACCUCAGCAGUAGUGCUACAUUAAACUGGCACAGUAUUACCAUUAAUCUCAUUGAGAGACUUAUGUGGUGCUAUGUACUGAUGUUAUAGGUUAUUUUCCUAAAGGAAGCCAUAAGUCACUUCUGAUAAAAGCUCUUAUAAAGCCAUUAGUAUCACACUUGCUCAUUUGAACAUUACCACCCUGGGAAAGCAAGUAACUAAUAAGGCAAUUUCAAAGUUUACAUUAAGUAGGUUACAUCAUUUUUAAAGUGCCAUCUAAAUUCCUUAAUUACAUUUGAAACAAGUGCCUUUGUCAUUUUUAUUAAUUUACCUUGAUUACAUAUAGAUGCUGUAUUUUUAGGUUUUAAGUUACAAUUUAUACAAUUGAGACAAGCAGAUUUCUUAAAAUAUGAUCUGUAAAUGUUUUUUUUGUUUGUUUACAUGGUUGGGGUCACAGCUGUAUAUCUAAGAAUAUCUCAGAACACAUUUUGAAGUAUUCCUCAUUAAACAGACUAUUUAAUACCUCAGACUAUCACUUUCUACGUCAGAUCUCGGAAAACAGUAUUUAAAAAAACCCAAUUGAAAAUGUAUGUGCUUUGACGGUUGUGUAGAUUUUUUAAAUUAAAGAAAUCAAGACUGGCUUAUUUAUUCAUUCAUGGUCCUUCUUUUAUCAUAUGUAGAUGUGCACAGCUUGAGAAGAAAAGCAAUUAUUUUGUAUGUAUUAUUUAAUUCAUUUAUUUUAGUCUUAUUUUUAGAAAAUCCAAUUGUGCCCCCUAUUGGCUAAAAACAACAAUAAUAACCAAAAAUGAUGAUGAUAACAAUAAUUGGAUGCAAAGAUAUGUUUAUUGUCAUGUUCAAUAAAUAAUUUUAUUUUAUCCAUAUUCUUUACAUGUAAGUAUACCUUUUUGUUUAGAAACCAUAUUGCUGUAAUCUGACUGUCAAUCCACAUCCUGCAUGCAAUAUGUAUUUGCAUAAUAGUCCUUCUUUUGA